CAGACAUGAAGAAGAAACAGCUGAUCUAAAGGUCUUCGUGUUGCGAUGGGACUCGAACCGGCGACACCGAGGUGACGACACGCUGAGGAGGAGGAAGACGAUGAAGAGCAGGAGGAACAUCUGAGCAGCAUGAUGCCUGAAAGUACAGACGACGAAACGGUGAAAAGAGCAGAAGAAGAAACUAAAGAAGGAGGAGAGGAAGAGGAGUCCGUCCUUCCUCCUCCUCCUGUCGCCAUGACGACCUGGAACAACGACCUCGACGUCCAAUCGGACGCCGCGGCGAACACGGACGGCGGCUGGGACUCGGGCGAGGAUUCGGCGGCGCUGUCGGACUCUAACAGGGAGCUGUUACUAUGGCAACGGCGUGAGCAGGAGGAGCGGGACGAGAAGGAGGAGAAGGAGACGCAGGCGGUCGCGUCGUCGCCGGACGGACGAUUCCUGAAGUUCAACAUCGAGAUCGGACGAGGAUCCUUCAAAACGGUUUAUAAAGGUCUGGACACGGAGACCACGGUGGAGGUGGCCUGGUGCGAGCUACAGACUCACCGUCUGAACCGGUCGGAGCGUCAGAGGUUCAGCGAGGAGGUCGAGAUGCUGAAAGCUCUUCAGCAUCCGAACAUCGUUCGUUUCUUCGAUUCGUGGAAAUCAGUGAAAGGAGCGAGAUGUACGAUCCUGGUGACGGAGCUCAUGACCUCCGGCACGCUGAAGACGUACCUGCGCCGGUUCCGCCAGAUGAAGCUGAAGCUGCUGCAGCGCUGGAGCUUCCAGAUCCUGAAGGGUCUGCAGUUCCUGCACUCGCGCUGCCCCCCCAUCCUGCACCGGGACCUGAAGUGUGACAACAUCUUCAUCACCGGACCCAACGCCUCCGUCAAGAUCGGAGACCUGGGCCUCGCCACGCUCAAGAAGGCCUCGUUCGCCAAGAGCGUCAUCGGGACCCCGGAGUUUAUGGCUCCUGAGAUGUACGAGGAGAAGUACGACGAGGCCGUGGACAUCUACGCGUUCGGGAUGUGCAUCCUGGAGAUGGCCACGUCCGAGUAUCCGUACUCCGAGUGUCGGAACGCCGCUCAGAUCUACCGGAAGGUCUCCACCGGAAUCAAACCCAACAGUUUCUCCAAAGUGAAAGUCCCGGAGCUGAAGGAGAUCAUCGACGGCUGCAUCCGGACCAACAGCAGCGAGAGGUUCACGGUUCAGGACCUGCUGGAUCACCGGUUCUUCCAGGAGCAGCUGGGCGUCCACGUGGCGCUGGCCGAGGACGACGACGGCUCCAAGGAGGCGCUGACUCUGUGGCUGCGGAUGGACGGCAACAAGAAGCUUCACGGGAAAUACAAAGACAACAACGCCAUCGAGUUCCUGUUCUAUCUGUACAAAGACGUCCCGGAGGUGGUCGCCCAGGAGAUGGUGGUGCUGGGCUUCGUGUGCGAGGCGGACUAUAAGCUGGUUGCCAAGGUGCUCAGAGACCGUGUGACGGCCAUAAAGCGUCAGCGAGAGAAGCAGCGCUGCCUCACGGAGGAAGCAGUGAUCCGCCAGCAGGAAGUCGUCAUCGAGGAGGAGUCUGAGCCCGCCCCCCCACCUGAGGCGUCCAAUCAGAAGCCUGCACCUGCAGCCGGCAAGCAGGACUCAGCUGCUUUGUCACCGCCCACCGCUGGUUCGACACAGGCCCCGCCCCCGGUAACAACGACACCAUGGGCCCCGCCCCCGGUAACAACGACAUCAUGGGCCCCGCCCCCGGUAACAACGACAUCAUGGGCCCCGUCGAGCAGCAGCCCGGUGGAUUCUGGGAUCAGCAGCGUCUCCAACAGAGCAGAUGGAGACGAGGAGGACGAGAGAACCAAACCUGCCGUCACACCAGCCCGAGAUUUAGACUCCUCCCCUAGUUCCCCAGGAAAGGUUGAAGCUACGCCCCCUCCUGUCAGGAACCCCGGCCCACAAAUUUCUGCCCCUACUCCUGCCCCUACUGCUGCCCCUACUCCUGCCCCUACUCCUGCCCCUACUGCUGCCCUUACUCCUGCCCCCACUCCUGCCCCUGCUCCUGCCCCUACUCCUGCCCCCACUCCUGCCCUUAUUCCUGCUCCUGCCACUGCCCCUACUCCUGCCCCUACUCCUGCCCCCACUCCUACCCCUACUCCUGCCCCUACUCCUGCCCCUACUCCUGCUCCUACUCCUGCCCCCACUCCUGCCCCUACUCCUGCCCCUACUCCUACUCCUACUCCUGCCCUUACUCCUACUCUUGCCCCUACUCCUACUCCUGCCCCUACUCUUGCCCCUACUCCUGCCCUUACUCCUGCUCCUACUCCUGCCCCUACUCCUGCCCCUACUCCUGCCCCUACUCCUGCCCUUACACCUGCCCCUACUCCUGCCUUUACUCCUACUCUUGCCCCUACUCCAACCCCUGCCCCUCCUCCUGCCCCCACUCGUACUCCUACUCUCACUCCUACCCCUGCUCCUGCCCCUACUCUUGCCCAUGCCCCCACCCCUACCCCUGCCCCUACUCCUGCCCUUACUCCUACUCCUGCCCUUACUCCUACUCCUGCCCCCACUCCUACCCAUGCCUCCACUCCCACCCCUGUCACUGCUCCUGCCCCUACUCCUGCCCCUACUCCUGCCCCUACUCCUGCCCUUACUCCUACUCCUGCCCCUACCCCUGCCCCCACCCCUGCCCCUACUCCUGCCCUUACUCCUACUCCUGCCCCUACCCCUGCCCCCACCCCUGCCCCUACUCCUGCCCUUACUCCUACUCCUUCCCUUGCCCCUACUCCUGCCCCCACCCCUGCCACUGCUCCUGCCCCUACCCCUACCCCUACUCCUACCCCUGCCCCCACCCCUGCUCCUGCCCCCACCCCUGCCAUUGCUCCUGCCCCUACUCCUGCCCUUACUCCUACUCCUGCCCCCACUCCUGUCCCCACUCCUGCCCCCACCCCUACCACUGCUCCUGCCCCUACCCCCACCCCUGCCAUUGCUCCUGCCCCUACUCCUGCCCUUACUCCUACUCCUGCCCCCACUCCUGUCCCCACUCCUGCCCCCACCCCUGCCACUGCUCCUGCCCCUACUCCUGCCCUUACUCAUACUCCAGCCCCCACUCCUACCCCUGCCCCCACCCCUGCCACUGCUCCUGCCCCCACCCCUGCCACUGCUCCUGCCCCUACUCCCACUCCUACUCCUGCCCCUCGCCUCCAGAAUCGUCUCCCUGUGACCAGGACAAAGAAGUCUCCACCUCUCCCCAUGCUGUGCCACCCCAAGAGCAUCGCGGUUUCCCAGAAGCCCGAGACUCCGCCCACCGCCAGCGGCUACACCUCACCUGCCGACAGCUACGCCUCUGAUGUCACCUCCGGUCUGAGUGACGGAAACGAUGGCCAAUCAGAAAAGAGCAACCAGGAAGUGAUCAGACGGUCGGCAGCGAAGCAGCUCAGGAGGAAGUCGAAAGUUCGUCUGAGAAUCACCGGGUUGUCGGACAUCGCUGACCGCGUGGUCGAGUGUCAGCUGCAGACUCACAACAACAAGACGGUGACGUUUAAGUUCGACCUCGACGGAGACGAUCCCGACGACAUCGCCUCGGUGAUGAUCCACAGAGACUUCAUCGUGCCGUCCGAGUGGAACGAGUUCAUCCUCCGUCUGAACGACAUCAUCAACAAAGCCGAGUCCAUGUUGCAGCUGAGCGCCGCCGCGCCUGAACCCGAGACUAAUGUAGAAGAUCAGAGUCUCUCCAGAUCUCUGUCCUCGCCGUCUCUACCUGACAUGGAGGACGCUGACCCUCCCCCGCUGAAGGCUGCAGACUUCCACGUCGACCCCGACGCUUCGCCUGCCGUCAAGCCGCUGAGGUCUCAGUCCGUCCACACCUCAUCAUCAGCUUCCUCCAGUCAGCCGCCAGUCUACCCCCAACCCCCCCCUCCUCCUCCUCCCCCUCCUCUCUUCUCUCUGGCCAAUGUGCUCUCUUUGGCCAUGAGUGUUGCCCAGUCCUUACUGCCCCCAGCUGGGUCCUCCAACCAGGGCUUUCACCCCCCACCCGUGUCCCCCCCCUUCCCCUCCCUCUCUCCCCCCAUGUCUCCCACCCAGGGUCUUAUGCUCCCCCCUCCCAAGCGCGCCUCCUUCUCUGCUCCGCCCCUCCCCCAGCAGACCUACGCCCCGCCGACACCUCCGACAGGCUCCACCCCCGAGAGCCAGCAGGGGGCGACGCUCAUCCGAAGUCCAGACGCUCCUCAGCGUCAGAGUGCAGCUCAGCAGGUCGGCUCAGCUCCGCCCCCCCAAGGUUCAGAGCUCGCUGUCUCCUCCCCCUCCUCCAACACAGGUUCCUCCUCCGUCGCUCCGUCGGCCCCACAGGAAGUGGUGAAACCUCCGGUCUUAACUGUCGGCCGUUUCCAGGUGACCGCCUCCAAAAACACUCCUGCUGCUGUUCCUCAGGAGCUGCGUCCACUCAGCCAAACCGUUCCCACCCCUCACUCCCCGCCCCCCCCCAAGUCAGACCAAUCCCUGAGCUCAGACAGCAGCACAGAGGAGCAGAGCGACUCAGAGAGCAGCGUGGACACAGCCUCCCCAGAGGAGGAGGAGGAGGAGACGGGGAGCGGAGGUCGGAGGUUGAGCGCCAUCCUGCCGGACGAGUCGGCUGGCAGCCGCGUGCCGAGCGGCAGCAGUUUCGGCCAAUCGUGGAGCCGCUCUGCCGCCUACAUGAGCUCUGACGAAUCAGAGAGCGAGAAUGGGGAGAUGUGGGAGGAGCUACAGGAGCUUCGGGACAGACACCUGGUGGAGGUGCAGAACCUGCAGGUCAAUCAGAAACAGGAGAUUGAGGCGCUGUACUGGAAGAUGGGUAAAGCUCCACCCCCCAGCAUCGUCUCACCCGCCAUCAUGUUGAACCACCGCCAACGCCGCCUCUCCAAGACCGGAAACUACCUCCCUACUCGCAGAAACAGCCAGCAGAGACCGGACAUGCUGCCCCCUGCAGGUAUCAUGAGGAAGAGCUCGGCCAGCAGCAGCGGUGGAUCUCAGGAGAAGGCAGGGAAAGGUGUGAGCUUCGUCCCUGGACACAGCUGCAUGUGACCGUGCUAACUGGAGACAUGACAGAGAGCAUCACAGAGGAAGAGAAGGAAGGAAGGAAGAGAAGAAGAGAAGAAGAGAAGUCACUUUAUUAUCAAACUUUCUUUUAAUUCAAAAUCUUCACCUCUUUGACUUCUGAUACUUGAAUCAAUCUACUGAAGCUGAAACCAAACAGUUUCUUAAUCGAACUAAAAACUGCAAUAUUUAGACAUUUGUUGUUUUCUGUUUUUCAUAUUUAUGUUUAUUUAUUUGUUAGUUUUGAUGUGAGACUCAAACUAAACAUUAUAACAUUUCAGCACUUUAGCAGAAAAUAAUGAACCUCAAUGAG